CUGUUUUUUCAGAGUACAUCGCAGAAGCAACGCGAGCUGAAAGAAUUAAAUGAGAGCUAUAAGGAUGUCGAAGUCGAAUUCAAAGAUGCUCAAGAAGUUGCUAUACAAGAAAAGAUUCGCCACAUAGCGAUUGAUAUUGAAUCUAAUAUGAGACGAGUCGCUAGGAUACAGGAGUCAUUCGCCAGAAUGGAUGAGAGCAUUAGAGAGCUCGAAAUAAAGAAGGAAGAAGCUGAGAAGACGGCUGAAAGAAGUAAGGAAAUUCCCACGCCGUCGUCCAUGUCAAAUCCGCCCGAUAUGGAGCAGCUUGCUGACACAACUGAGCUUGAUGAGCAGUAUAAAGCCCUGACGCUCAAAAUUGAGUCGGCAGAGAAAGUGAUUGGUAGGACUAUCACUAUGGAGCAGCUUCAGGCGUUCAAGGACAGUUACGAAACGUCGAAGAAGCAAUACCUGGUAUUGAAGGCCCUGAAUCGAAAGCUUGCGGAAUGUCUUCAAAUAAGAAAGGAAAAAUUUCCGGUCAUGUGCCAUGCAAUCACCAUGCGGUUGAAGAUGACCUUCCAAAGGCUUAUGGCGACCAGGUCAUAUCACGGCAAUCUGAUUGUCGAUCGGCAAAAGGAAGUUAUCAAUAUCAGCGUAGCAACCCAUCAGAAGGAUGACAGUGCUCACGCGGUUGCCAAAAGUGUUGUACAGGACCUCAAAGGAUUAUCCGGUGGUGAAAGGUCGUUCACCACGGCAUGCUUCAUUAUGGCUCUGUGGGAGAUUAUGGAAGCGCCGUUUAGAUGUAUGGAUGAAUUUGACGUCUUUAUGGAUAUGAUCAAUAGACGCGUUAUUAUGGAUCUGCUGGUAAAGUUGGCUACGGAACAAUAUUCACACAAUCAGUUCAUCUUUUUCACUCCUCAAGGAAUCAAAGAGCUUGGCGAACGCGAGCAUGUUCAAGUAUUUGAAAUGCCAAAAGUUCGAGAUUAG